AUGGCAUCUCCUUCCUCAGUCGGUACCCACUUCGAAGAGUCGGACUGGCAAUAUGGACCUCACGCCACCAAAAGACAUAGGCGAGGAUCGACCGCGGGCGCUUCAAGGCCCUCCCCUCGUGAAAUUGGAUUUAUGAGGGAGUCCCAGAAUGACGGCUCUGCUAGCUUUCUUGGAAGCUCGAGUGGUAUCCAUUUCAUUCGACAUGUAUACAAUGCUUUUGCUCGCCGGUCGGCGGACUUGCAACAGAAUCGAGCGCGCGACAGAAGCUCGGUCCCUGGCGAAGAUGACCGAUUGCAACGAGGGGCUGAAAAUGCACAUGGCAUUGAUGAAUUCUGGCUGCCAGACGAGAUCGAUUUUGUACCAGCUGCUGCAUUCACCUUUGAGGACCUUGUCAACUGGACGCGUCGUUAUUUCGAAAAUUGGCAUCCAAUCUUUCCGUGCCUUCAUGCGCCGACUGUAUUGAAGGCCAUGGAAACACUAGGGAAUCAAGGGCUGGAGGCAGUCAAUCGCUUGGACAUGAUAGUAAUCCGAUCUCUCAUCUCAAUAUCUCUUGGGGAUGGUCGCCAAGCAACAGCCCCCAAAUCGAAAAUGAGGCCAAUUCCUGCAACCCUGGUAUUUCAGACCGUGCAACAGGUCAUGCAAGAUAUCCAAAGCCUCCUUGCCGAGCCAACGACGCUUAUGCUGCUCCAAGCGGCUUUUACCGCCCAGCUAGCGCUCACUUCACUUCUGCGUCUCAAUGCAGCCUCUCGCAUAGGGGGCGUUAUCACCCGCACCGCGUUUCAUCUGGGCUUGCAUCGCUGUCCUACGCGUUUUCAAUGUUUCAACAGUGAGGAUGUCGACAUUCGAAGGCGCCUGUUCUGGUCCAUCUAUUCACUGGAACGGUACCUGUCUCAGGCCCUUGGAAUUCCCCUCAGCUUACGAGACGACGACAUUGAUGUAUGCUACCCAGGCGCCGAAAGACAUGCCAUCCCCAAACCUACGAUAUCUGAUGACCAACGCCUGCGGCUGCUCCGCAAUCUCGCUAAAUUUGCCAGGAUACGAGGUUUGAUAUUGGAGCUUCGCAACAAGUCCGUUCUUCACAGCCAUGCCGGUGCGUUGGAGGCCUCCCAUGUUAACGGCGAACUCUCCCAGUGGUGGAACGAAGUCUAUGAUGAUGUCAAUCCCGUCGAUGAUUAUGCAGACGCCGAAUCAGGAGCACGCCCCGUGCUCACUCCCUAUCACCGGUUAUUGCUGAAGAUUCUUAGGCAUGAAGCAAUUAUCUCGAUGAAUCGGCCACUUCUUGCCACAGACAAACCUACUCCAGAUUAUAAACAUGCUCUGCAAACAUGCAUUGCUUCGUCUCGAUCUUUGUUGGCUGCAUUGAAGGAAUACAUGUCUUCUGGGUCUAAUGCACCACUCUCGUGGCCGUCCUUUACCUGGAUAACAUGGAUGGCCUGUCUCAUUUUGAUGUACGCAUCAUGGGAGGGCCAUUUCCCGGUGCCCACAGCAUUAAAAUACGCAAAAAUGGGGGUCCAAGUUUUGGAAAAUAUUGCCUUGCGUGGUAGUACCUGGCCGGAAACAUGUAUCGAGGCAAUCAAGAGCAUGGAGACGGCUUUAUCGGCAAACAUCUCUGGCAGACAAGCAAGUGGAACUGUAGCCAAGUCAGCAGGUUCAGACAGUGCUGCGAAUCUGAAUCAGGCUCCUGUGGAUCAGAAUGCUUCAAAUGGGAACAAUGGCUUGUUUCAUCGAAAUGAAAGAGGUCUCUCAAGUCGCAUAAACCGAGCCCCUGUCCAGUAUGGCCAUCCAGAAAUCAGCGGAUACCAAGGCAGCAUAUUCCCGCCGGUCGCACAGCAGUCUGAAAUUCGCAUGUCUACUGUCCAAGGAGUCGAUCGAGCAGAACAUUAUGAUUCUGCAAUAUUUUCGACGCCCAAAACUCCCGGGAAUGAGAUCAACGACCCUUCAAAUAAUGACUUUAAUCUGGAUGGUCUAAGCUCGGCUGGCCUCAUAUUUGGCAAUAUGGUCAACAACAAUACAGCCUUCUGCCCAGGAAUUGGAAGUCAGGAUUCAUUACCCUUUUCGGACCCGUCGUCUCUUUUUAUUAACGACCUAUGGAGCGUCGCUGAUGGCCCAUGGAUGAUUCAUGGGAAUUUUCUGUGA